AUGAUCUCGCCGCUCCUUGCCCUCGCGCUCCCUCUCGCGGUGAAGGUUACUGCUGCACCGCUGCCCGCAUCGGCUACCGCGGAAGGCCUCGACAUCUCCACGUCUUUACAAAACAUCCUAUCCAACAACCACAAUAGUGAUGCGUAUACAUACCCGACCGACCUGACAAGGGGAAUCGUGCCUAAACCAAUCCACUCGCACAACGACUACUGGCGCGACGUGCCCUUCUACUCGGCGCUCUCCGUUGGCUGUGUAUCCGUCGAAGCGGACGUCUGGCUCGUCAACGACACUCUCUACGUCGGCCAUGAAGAAUCCGCCCUCGCGCCCGCCCGCACCUUCAACUCCUUGUAUGUCCAACCCAUCCUGGAUGUUCUGAGACGGGAGAACCCGACGAGUCAAUUUGUUGAUUCGCCUACCCACAACGGUGUCUACGAUACCUCGUCCAGCCAGACACUACUACUGUUCGUUGACCUGAAGACGAACGGCACGACGACUUGGCCCGUGGUGAUCGACGCCCUCCAGCCGUUGCGUGAGGCCGACUACCUGACGACCUGGAAUGGCACGGGUGUUACGGUCGGCCCGGUCACUGUGAUCGGAACAGGCAAUACGCCGCUUGACCAAGUACAGCCUGUGCAGCAGCGAGACUAUUUCUUCGACGCCAAUUUGGCUCUACUCAACAGCACGCAAUCCAACAUUACGGCUGCCGUGUCUCCUGUCGCGUCGACGCAGUUCAGUCGGUACAUCGGCGAAGUCGACGGCACGACGUUCAAUGAUACGCAACUGGCGACACUGCGCGGCCACAUCGCCGAAGCUAACCGACGUGGGAUCCUCGCCCGGUAUUGGGACACGCCUGCGUGGCCGAUCACGACGCGCAACGCCGUCUGGUCCACACUGAUUGAGGAGGGUGUUGGCUUGUUGAAUGCCGAUGAUCUGCCUGCGGCGGCUGGCUUUGGUGGUGUCGCUGGGUACUGGGGAUGA